AGGGAUCCGCCUGCAAUGCUUUGUUUGGGGAGGAACGGAAAUGGUAAUUAUAUUAGUCUUGGCUUGCUUGCCCCCCGCAAGAAGGCGAAAAUCCAGAACGGGAAGUUAUCUCAUCACUUCUUACGCACUUCAACCGUCAUUCGUGAACGACAGGACAUGCGCAAAUGACGAAUAGGCCUACAACAUGGCGACUUGCAUACGUUUCAGGUCGCAAAAAGCUUGUUCUUUCUUGCUUUUCUGCUUGGUUUGUGUUGGAUUGAUGCUUACCAUCCAGCAGCUAUGGCUUCAACGAGUUGGAGUCCGCGGAGAUAUAUGCAGCUGUACACCAUAUCCACACCAACCUUCAAAUGUACCUCCGUUGAUAGCAAUAUGGCAAGAGAUUCAGCAACCGAACCAUGCACCUUCCGACAGACGUAUUAGUCAUUAUGAUGUCAACAACAGUCAAACCUUGGUAGCUGUUGACCCCAAGUCGGUGGCAGUGGAUAUAACGUCAGUAAACAGGACUAAGUAUAAGCUGAUAUCGCCAAUGACUCCACGGGUGGGUGAUACUUUACACUUCCAUAUUGAAGCUAGAAAUGAGGCGGGACAUCAGAUCAUGGACGGUGGGGACUUCUGGUUCGGUGUAAUGGAGAGUCCCAAACUGAAGGCUGCUACUGCUGCCCGGGUAAUAGACCACCAUAAUGGCACAUACAGCAUGUACUUUUUGGCUAGUUGGGCAGGGGAUGUAAGGGUUAGAAUUACCCUUGUACACCCUAGUGCUGCCAUAGAUUACCUCAGACAUUCAUUUCGCCACGCUGAGAAGAAGGUGCUAUGGAACGGUAUUUUCUCCUCUCGGACCGUGAAAGAGAAAUCACUAUGUUGGAUCAACCAUCAUGGCAACAUGUCCAAUACAUGUGUUUAUCUGCCGCAGAGGGCGCUACAUCACACACAGCUUAUAUGCAAUCUACCCGCUUCUCUACCUUGUAAUACCCUGUCUGGUGUGGUUGGAGCAACUUCAUAUGCAUACCAGUUUCAGCGGGUGCUUACUCCUAACGUAGCACACUUAUUCACCAGAGCCUUUGUGAAUGUACCGCUGCCGUUUGAAAAACCAAGCACCAUCCAAGAAACGAUAGAUGGAAGGGCAAUCCUUGAUCCGCAGCUGUACUCACUACCCAUCUGUCAAGCAGAUCUCUCCCGUGCUCUUUCCGAUGGUUUCUGGUACAACAACCACUGGCAAUCGUUGGUUUGCCAACCCCGUAUUAAAUUCUCUAAAAUGAAUAUCCAGGAAUGCUUGCGGGGACAAAACAUUUACCUUACGGGAGACUCCACAACACGCCAGUGGUUUGCAGAAAUAGCGAAAUCCUUGAAUUUAAGCAGUGCGGCAGACCGACAGUUUAAAGCCAAGUCUUUUCACUUAUUCAGGAAAGACAUGAAGAGCAACAUCAGUCUUGAGUUCAUCUUUCACCCCCUCUCUCUUCAUCCAUCUGCCGUGUUUGUUAAUUUCUCUAUUGUGCGAUUUGAAGCAGACGUCUUGCAUAGCCUAGCCAAAGUCCCUUGUCAAAAUGCAAUAGUGGUCAUUAGUCCGUGGGCACAUUUUCCCAACUAUCCAUGGGGAAGCUAUGUGGACUGGUUAGAAGGCAUACGUGACGCUUAUUCCUACGUCAAGAGAACUUGUCCUAAUAUAAAGCUUGUUGUAAAAACACCACAUCCUGUCAACAUGCAAUGGGAGAUGAAAGCUCGUGAUUGGAUGUUCUAUCAGAUGAAAGAAGCCAUGUGGAAAGUCUUUCAAGGAUCGGGAGCUUUCUUUUUGGAUGUCUGGGACAUGAAUCUCUCUUAUCCCUCAGCACCUAUCAAUAUGCAUAUGCCAAAUAAUGUCAUCCAAGAAGAAGUAUCGCUCUUCCUUUCUCAUGCUUGCCGAAGAUGAUGUGUGUGUAUUUUAUCUUUCGAAGUCGAUUUUAUGUAAUUGUAAAUAUUAGGUCUCGUAUGCCAAAUUUACAAAUAGGUAAAACAUUUCUACGAUCCUUUGUCUAAAAUAUUGUAGCACUGCCGUUAACUGACGUCAUUUUUAAUGAAUAUUCACGUUUUGAUUAAGAGGUGCUAAUAUUUGUUUAAGUAUAAUAUUUCUGUUUACAUGUAUACAUUUUUGAUACAGAGUAUUAUCACCAAAAUUAUACUCUGAAUCAUCAUUUAUUAGAAUAUACUAUGUUAAGGUAUUAUUGAGUAUUUGAUUAAUGUUCUUGUUUAUUUUCUAAUUAGUAUUGAUAGUGCGUAUAGAAUGUAAACAAUAACCACGUUUUUAUAUUCAAUGCGUUUUUGUGCAUGUUUUUGACACCGUCCAUCUCUCGCCUAUAGUUGAGAGCCCUAAUGUUUGUGCUCUUGGUCAUAAUUGACUACUUUUUAUGACUUUUUCAACUUAUCAGUGCCCAAAUUUCAGUUUACUACUUCAGUGAGGUGCAUAGCAACUCUUGCUUGGGCCUGAUACGGGAUUUAUUCAGUUGGACAUUUGAUCUUCAUGUUUUCAACGCAACUUUUCGUCAUAACGAUUUCAACCAAGAUCUGACUUCGCCUUCGCAUAGCCU